ACUAGGAAACACCCAAACCGGCAAUUUGCUUGUCUUCAAAUUAAACUAAACUAAAUUCACUUUGUUAAACCAGUUUCUCAUCCUGUUAACUCCCUGUUGUCUGCCUUUAAAGACCAAAUGAGUUUACUUCACCAGCAGAAACGGAGGCCGCAGAAGUCGCCUGCAGUGUGUUCUGUCCAGUAUGCACAACUGGGCACAUCCGGCCCUAUAAAUGGGUCACAGAAUACGUCCCAUGUUGAAGCACAGAUGGCUAAGCAGGCCCGCCAAAAGAUUCAAGCCCGACUGAAAGUGGCAAAACUAUUUCAGCAAUACAGGGCUCAGCUAAUCUCCAAUCAGUAUGAGGUCUCUGUAACCUCAGACCCUGCAUCAGCAGAGGAGAAGAUUUGCCUCACUGUGCAUGAAAACAAGAAAGUUGUGCCAAUCACUGUGAAGAACUCCAGUGCCCAUACAGUUUAUUUAACUUUUUGGGCUUCUGACCUUGUAAAGAACAUUUUCACUGUCAGAGAUUGUCAUGGAAACAUCAUCAAUACUGUCAAACAACACUCUCUUAGACCAGGAGAGGCAUAUAAGAUCAAGGUUCACUUCUAUUGUGACCAUGCAGGCUUCUUUGAACAGUUACUGGUCUUCAAGUUUGAAACAGGCCUGCAGACUUCAGUUAAAUUUGAGAUCAUGCGCCUCAUAGAAGUCAUUCAUCUGACAUCUUUUAGUGAGGAGCUCCUCCACGCAGCCACAAACUCUUUGUGUGACUUCCAAACUGUGACGUUGACAUCUCGGGAAAGUUUUCGUAAGUGUGUGGUUCCUUUAAAGAAAUACUUGAUGCCCAACGAUAUAAAAAACUUCAAGAAAUCAGAUAUGGACCUGCAGAAGAAUUCUCUGAACUGGAAGAACUACUCCCAGAGGUUCCACUUGCUGCUGCAUCUCGAGGAGCUCCAGCUGAAGACAGAUAUAGAGCAAUACCACAAGGAUGAUGUUCCCAUGUUCAGAUACAAAAACAACACAGACCUGCUGGUUCUGCGGAUUCCAGGUGUCUCACCGAAGCUGCCCAAGAACCAGAUACUGGUGUUUCCUUUAGACCGGUCAGGUUUGGAAAAUAAAUAUUACCAAGGCUGGGUCCAUCAUGUGGAUACGGAGCAGGUCUAUGCAAAAUUCAGUGAAAAGUUCCUAAGCAGCUUCAAUGAGGGCAAGAGGUUCAGAGUCACCUUCUCUAUCAACCGUAUGCCCCUGUGUAUGCAGCAUAGAGCAGCAGCGCUAGUGUACAAGCACAGUCUGAAGGAGGUGUUGUUCCCCACCGGACAACUUUCUACCCACCAUUCGCAUCUACUCAGGCUGUCAGGGCUUGAGAACAACCCAGAGCAGUGCAAGGCCAUUCAUCACAUUGUAGCCCGUUCUGCAAAACCUGCCCCUUACCUGGUAUUUGGUCCACCUGGCACAGGCAAAACGGUGACUUUGGUGGAAGCCAUCAAGCAGAUAAUAAAAACUCAGGACUCAUGCACCAUCCUGGCUUGCGCUCCCUCUAACAGCGCAACUGAUCACCUCUGUGAGAAGAUUCUGGAGGGAAGGAUUGGCAAGUGCAAGUUGUAUCGCUUGUAUGCCCAAAGCUGCCCUGUGAAAAACAUUCCUGAAAAUAUAAAGUUAUGCUGCAACCUGAACCUGGAAUCAAACACUCUUAUGAUUCCCCCUAAAGAGGAGCUGAUGAAGUAUAAGAUCAUGGUCACCACCCUGAUAACCGCAGGAAGGCUAGUGACAGAGGGGGUUCCUCCAGAUCAUUACACUUACAUCUUUGUGGAUGAGGCAGGCCAGGCUACAGAAACAGAGUGUAUCAUCCCUAUAGCAGGUUUACUGACACCACAGAGAUGCCAGGUAGUGCUGGCUGGAGACCCUAAACAGUUAGGCCCCAUCAUCACAUCCAGAAUUGCAGAGAAACAUGGCAUGGGUGUGUCCUUGUUGGAGCGUCUGAUGAGAGACAUCGACCUGUACAAGUCACGUGACAUAUAUGGGUUCAACAAUCGCUUUGUCACCAAAUUACUGAGGAACUACAGGUCCCAUCCUGCAAUUCUGAAAAUUCCCAAUGAGCUCUUUUAUAAAGGAGAACUUCAGCCAUAUGCUCAUAAAAAGAAUUGCAGUUCAUACUGCAAAUGGGAACGCCUGCCCAAGAAAGGUUUCCCUGUGAUCUUCCAUGGAGUGGCAGGCACUAUUGAACGUGAUGACAACAAUCCUUCUGUUUACAACACAGCAGAGGUGCAGGUGUUGAAGGAAUACUUAAAAUCUCUUGUUGAACAUCUUCACAAAAAGGGUGUGACCAAAAUUGAACCAGGAGAGAUUGGCAUCAUUUCCCCAUACAGAAAACAAGUGGAGAUGAUCCAGAAUGCCCUUCAGAUGGACAAAGAUCUCAGGAAGGAAAACUUGGAAAAUGUACUGGUUGGUUCAGUGGAGCAGUUUCAGAGCAAAGAGUUCAAUGUGAUUCUAGUGUCUGCAGUGCGCAGCAAUCCCAAACUGACUGCACAAAAGCAACGAUUCACUCUAGGUUUUAUUACUAACGAGAAGAGGUUCAAUGUGAUGAUGACCCGAGCCCGAUCUCUACUGGUUGUGGUGGGAGACCCACGAGUCUUGAAAACUGACCAUAUGUGGAACAAGUUUAUUCAUUACUGCUCCAAAGAGGGGGCUUACCGUGGUAUUACAGUCUCUGAUGCAGAAAAAGAGGACACUGCACUGACUCCUGUACACUCACUGACCCUCCGUGAAGAGUGAUUCAGCAUCAUUUGGAUCCCUGGUGGAGGAACCUACAGACUGAGCACACUGACCUUGUGCUCCAGCAUUUGACAUCAAAAAGAGUAAGAAUAAAAAACUAGAUGAGAAACUGACAAAUA